AAAAUUAUUUCUUUUUUAAUGAAGUUUGCACAAAAUCGUAGCUACACUCCAAACGUUCAUUUAAAUAUAUACUUGAGCAUAGAUAUAUAAAUUUACAGUUAGUGUUAUUGCGAAGAAGAAGUGCAUUUAAUUUAACGGCAUAAAUAAAAAUAAAAAAGACAGCAGACCGUCUAAUAAACGUCAACAGUAUACCAUAGAUUUGAAUAUAUUUUUUAAAAUAUCAACUGCGAAUCAAAGAAAAUGUCACGUUUAAGCUACGCGGCAAAGAUCUGGAUACAACCACAUCGACUGGCCAGCACAAUAACAACGCUGAAGCGUGUAAUAUCCACCACAGCGCCAAAUCCGAACUUCGGACAUCGCGAACUGCCAUUACCGAACGAAACGGUACAUGUCUUCGAGAAAACGACAAACGACAGUGCACCCAAGGAUAUUAAUAAUAAUGAUGUUAAUGAUAAUGCGACUAUAGAUGAGGGUAAACCGCCCGCAAUGAAAGAGAAUAAGCUACCCGAAAUGACAAUUGUGGACAUAGAUAGCGGCUAUGGACGUAUGGACUUCGAAGACCGCAUGGAACAUAUGGAUCUGGUGGAUCGCAUUAACGAAGCCAAACAGUCGAAUAAUGUGGACCACAACACAGUGUUGCCUUUGGUACGCACAAUGCCGACGGUUGUUAAUAUUGAUGGUUACGGCGACGAUAUGAUGUAUGAACAGCCGGAAUUAAUAUUACCGCAGACAACCACAGAGGAAGAAGCAGCGGAAGAAACAGCAGAAGAAGCUAAACCAGUCGCUGAUGAGGUUACAAAAGCCGUGCCAAUGGCCGCCGAGGCAGUGGCAGUGGCUAUAAUGCCCCAACAGCAGACAGUAAUAGACGCCGAGGAAGUAAUAGACACCCAGGAAGCAACUAAAGAAACAAUUGCUCUUGAAAACCAAACAAGUGUCGAGAAAACAGUGGAGGCUGCAAGCGCAAGUCCAACAAUUACGAAAACUACGAACGAUGCCAGUGAUGUAGAAUACAUAUGCGAAGCCCCGGUAGAUAUUGAUGCCUUCGCCAAUGAGCAGGAGAAGAAGCAAGGCACAGUCGACAUCGAUGCCUACGGUGAUGAUGAGCGCUUCAAAUUGCCGCCGAUACCGAAGGACCGAAAUAACGUUUUCGAAUUCAAAGGCAUCAAAAUCAUUAUGCCCAAGCGCAUGCUGCGCGAGAGCACUUAUCGCUACCGCUUGGAUGCAGCUGAUAAGGACAAAGCGGACGAUAUGCAAAUUUGCGUUUAUGAGAAGUAAUAUAACUUGAGUAGAAUAUUGUAUGAUUUUUUUUUUUUUUCAAAUUUUUAUGUCAUUUUGUAAAUAUCAUGUCAUUGGUGAUGUCUUUUCAUAAACUAUAAUAUUAUUUAAUAAACUCAACAAAGCUAUGAGAUAUAGCAACUUAUAACUACGUAACACACUA